CGGGCUGGGUGCGGACCCCGCCCCCGGGCAGCGGGGUCGCCCCGCCCCGCUCUCGCUCCGAGAAGUUUCCCAGGGUCCGGGUCGGGAGCAAGAGGAAGGAGGAGGAACUAGUGCCGCCGCAUUUUCGGUGUCCUCUGCCUGGAGCUCGAGCUCGGCCCCUUCCAUGGAUCUAUAGGGCGGCAGCAGCAGGACUGGGGGGCAUGGGCUUGGCGUCCCGGCUCCGGGGCCCGUGGCGGGCAUGGUUGGGCUGCGUCCUCCUGGGCAUCGCGCUGCUGGCGCGGCUAGCAGUGGGCGCAGCCUGCUUGGAUGGUGACAAGCCCUGUGAAAACGGUGGGACCUGUGUUGUUUACUCCAAUGGAAUUGCUGCUUGCAUAUGCCAGCCUGGACUGAUUGGAGAGCACUGCCAAUUUCAGGACCCUUGCCACCAGUCACCCUGUGCCAACGGGGGCUCAUGUGAGAGCACCUUGCGUGAUGGCACUGUGCACUACCAGUGCACCUGUCUCAAGGGCUUCCGAGGUCAAGACUGCUCUCUGCUAGAUGCCUGUGCCAGCAAGCCAUGUGUUAAUGGUGGCCGCUGUACCAACUGGAAUGGCCGCUACAACUGUACAUGCCCACCAGGCUACCAGGGACGUAACUGCCGGAAUGAUGUGGAUGAAUGUCGGGAGCCGGGUUUGUGCCAGCAUGGGGGUACCUGUCUCAACACGCCUGGCUCCUUCCGCUGCCAGUGCCAGUCGGGUUACACAGGGCAGCUCUGUGAGAGCAUCUCCACACCCUGUGCUCCUUCUCAGUGUCUCAAUGGCGGCACUUGCCGCCAGACAGGGGAACUCAGCUAUGAGUGUGCUUGCUUGCCUGGCUUUGAGGGACACAACUGUGAGAUUAAUAUUGAUGAUUGUCCGGACCACAUGUGCAUGAAUGGAGGCACGUGCGUGGAUGGUGUCAACACCUACAAUUGUCAGUGCCCUCCAGAGUGGACAGGCCAGUUCUGCACUGAGGAUGUGGAUGAGUGCCAGCUGCAGCCCAAUGCCUGCCACAAUGGGGGCACUUGCUUCAAUACCAACGGGGGCCAUUCGUGCGUCUGUGUCAAUGGCUGGACGGGAGAGAGCUGCAGUGAGAACAUUGAUGAUUGUCAAACAGCUGUCUGCUUUCAUGGUGCUACCUGUCAUGAUCGUGUGGCUUCCUUCUAUUGUGCAUGUCCUAUGGGCAAGACAGGUCUCCUCUGUCACUUGGAUGAUGCCUGUGUCAGUAACCCUUGCCAUGAAGAUGCCAUCUGUGACACCAAUCCAAUGAAUGGCCGUGCCAUCUGCACCUGCCCACCAGGCUUCACUGGAGGAGCCUGUGACCAGGAUGUGGACGAGUGCUUCAUUGGAGCCAAUCCAUGUGAACACUUUGGCAAAUGUGUGAACACGCAAGGCUCCUUCCAGUGCCAGUGUGGGCGUGGCUACACAGGCCCGCGCUGUGAGACGGACAUCAACGAGUGCCUCUCCAUGCCUUGCCAGAAUGAUGCUACGUGCCUCGACCGCAUUGGCGAAUUUACCUGCAUCUGCAUGUCAGGUUUCAGUGGCACUUACUGUGAGAUCAACAUCAAUGAGUGUGAGAGCAACCCCUGUGUCAAUGGUGGUGUCUGCAAGGAUAUUGUCAACGGGUUCAGCUGCACCUGCCCCUCAGGCUUCUCAGGCUCCAUGUGCCAGAUUGACAUUGACGAAUGUGCCAGCACACCCUGCCAGAAUGGUGCCAAGUGUGUGGACCGGCCCAAUGCCUACGAGUGCCGUUGUACAGAAGGUUUCGAGGGGGCUCUGUGUGAGAAGAACAUUGAUGACUGUUCACCAGAUCCCUGCCACCAUGGCACUUGUGUGGAUGGCAUUUCCAGCUUCACCUGUACAUGUGCAGCUGGCUACACUGGCUACCGCUGUGAGAACCAGAUCAAUGAGUGCCACAGCAAUCCCUGUCAGCAUGGCGGCAAGUGCAUUGACCUGGUCAAUAAAUACCUUUGCCACUGCCAGCCUGGAACCUCAGGUGUGAACUGCGAGAUGAAUUUUGAUGACUGUGCCAGCAACCCCUGUGAUUAUGGUAUCUGCCGUGAUGGCAUCAAUCGUUAUGACUGCAUCUGCAAACCUGGCUUCACAGGUCCCCUGUGCAACAUAGAGAUUAAUGAAUGUGCAUCCAACCCCUGUAAGAAUGGCGGCACCUGUGUGGAUGGUGAAGAUGGCUUCUCUUGUCUUUGUCCUGAGGGUUUUCAUGAUCCACAUUGCUAUUCAGAGGUGGACGAAUGCAGCAGCAGCCCCUGUGUGCAUGGCACAUGUCAUGAUGACAUCAAUGGGUACCAAUGUGAGUGUGAGCCAGGUUGGACUGGCACCAACUGUGAUAUGAACCGCAAUGAGUGUGAGUCCAAUCCAUGCCAGCAUGGAGGCACUUGCACGGACUAUGUCAAUGGCUAUCGUUGCAAGUGCAAAGAGGGCUUCCAGGGGACUUACUGCCAGACCAAUAUAAAUGACUGUGCCUCCAGUCCCUGCCUCAACAAGGGCACCUGCAUUGAUGGCAUUGCCAGCUACGCCUGCCUCUGUGACUUGCCAUACACUGGUCGGGACUGUGAGAAUGUGCUGGCCCCUUGCUUCCCCAAUCCAUGUGGGAACAAUGGUGUCUGUGAUCAUACACCUGACUAUGAGAGCUUUACCUGUGGCUGUGCACCAGGCUGGCAAGGGCAGCGAUGCCACAUUGACAUUAAUGAAUGUGACCAGAACCCGUGCCGAAAUAGGGGCACCUGCACCAACCUGAAUGGCAGUUACAGUUGUGCCUGCCGUUCUGGCUACACUGGCACUAACUGUGAGAUGGAUAUUGAUGACUGCACCCCAAAUCCUUGCCUGAACGGUGGCUCCUGCCAGGACGGCAUCAGCUCCUUCACAUGCACAUGCCUCCCAGGCUUCACAGGUGUACGCUGUGCAACGGAGAUCAAUGAGUGCCUAAGCAACCCCUGCCGCAAUGGGGCCACCUGCACAGACUACGUCAACAGCUACACUUGUUCUUGUGCACCAGGCUGGGCUGGCUUACACUGUGAGCACAACGUGCAGGAGUGCACGGACAGCUCCUGCUUCAAUGGUGGCACUUGCUUGGAUGGAGUGAAUUCAUACACAUGCCACUGCCGUGCAGGCUUCACGGGCUCCCACUGCCAGCAUGAGAUUGAUGAGUGCCAGUCGCAGCCCUGCCUCAAUGGGGGUGUGUGCCAGGAUGGUGUGCAGUCCUACCGUUGUACCUGUCCUCAGGGAUACACUGGUUCUCAGUGCCAGACACUGCUGGAUUUAUGCAGCCGCUCACCCUGUCAGAAUGGUGGCCGCUGUUUGCAGACAGGCACCACCUUGUCCUGUGAUUGCCCUGGAGGCUGGACCGGUCGUUAUUGUGACAUCCCCAAUGUUUCUUGUGAAGUGGUGGCCAGGAACAGAGGUGUGACCAAGGACCAAGUCUGUCGUCAUGGUGGCCAUUGUGUGGAUGCUGGCAAUACUCACUACUGUAUCUGCAAGAAAAGCUACACAGGCAGCUACUGUGAGAGUGAAGUCAACCACUGCCAGCACAACCUGUGUCGGAAUGGGGGCACCUGUCGCAGUAUUGUGGGAGAAUAUGUCUGUGCGUGCCCACCAGGCUUUGAAGGGAAAAACUGUGAGUACGACAUUGAUGAAUGCCAGUCUCACCCUUGUCAGAAUGGAGGUACUUGCAUUGACCUUGUUGGACGCUACAUUUGUUCCUGCCCGCCAGGAACUCUGGGUGUCUUGUGUGAAAUAAAUGAGGAUGAUUGCGCCAUGAAUCCUGGCACCCGGGUCCCUAAAUGCCUCAACAAUGGGACCUGUGUGGACAGGGUGGGUGGUUACCGAUGCAGCUGCCCGCCAGGCUUUACAGGGGAACGCUGUGAGGGAGACAUAAAUGAGUGCCAGCCCAGCCACUGUUACCAACGCAACACACUGGACUGCGUUCAGGAAGGCAGCGACUACCAGUGCAUCUGCCGGCCAGGCUAUACUGGCCGCCACUGCAAGAACAUCGUGAAUGCAUGUGAAUCACAGCCUUGCCAGAAUGGUGGGCAGUGUAAGCUGGCAGUAAACUUGCCUUCAGGAUACACCUGCCACUGCCCCACAAGCUAUUCGGGUGUCAGCUGUGAGCGCAGUGUGCUCUCCUGCCGAGAACUCUUCUGCUUCAAUGGUGGCAGCUGCCAGGCCACACUUCUGGGUGCUCGCUGCUACUGCCCACCUGGAUGGGCUGGACCUGACUGCCGCCUGCGUGCCAACAGCAGUUGUGCCAGCCUGCCCUGCCACAAUGGGGGUGUCUGCCGUGAGAUUUCCAGACCCCCUUACUUCCAGUGCAUUUGUCUCGGUGACUUCACAGGCUCCUACUGCCAGACCCUGUUGCCGCCACCUCUGCCCCCUGAGCCCCGCUGCCCCCUGGAGGAGUGUGCUGCAAGAGCUGGGGACUCCUACUGUGACAAGAUGUGCAACAGCCCAGCUUGCCACUGGGAUGGGGGUGACUGUUCCUUGUUGGUAGAUGACCCCUGGAAGCAGUGCAGUGAUCACCAGUGUUGGCAAUACUUCAACAACAGCCAGUGUGAUGAGCAGUGCAACACUGUGGAGUGCCUCUAUGAUAACUUUGACUGCAAGAGCCACGAACCCAGCUGCAACCCUGUUUAUGAGAAGUACUGCUCUGACCACUAUGCUGAUGGGAAGUGCGACCAUGGCUGCAACAACGAAGAGUGUGGCUGGGAUGGACUGGACUGUGACCAGGAAGUGCCUGAGCACUUGGCCAAAGGGGUGCUGGUGGUGGUGGUGCUGCUGCAUCCCGAUGAGCUGCUCCGCACCAGCACCGUCUUCCUGCAGAAGCUGAGCACCAUCUUGCGAACCACCCUGCGCUUCCGCCGUGACGACAGCGGCAACUACAUGAUCAAGCCGUAUUAUGGGUCUGGCGGCCGACAACGCAGGGAGCUGGGCCGAGAGAUUAUUGGUUCUGAGGUCACACUUGAAAUUGAUAACCGGCUGUGCUACCAGGCCUCUGGCAAGUGCUUCCCUGACACAGAAAGUGCUGCUGACUACCUUGGUGCCCUGUCGGCUGUGGAGCGCCUAGAAUUCCCAUACCCCCUCAAGGCAGUGAGAGGUGAAAAGUUGCCACCCCCACACCAAGUCAAACUGAUGCCAUUGCUGGCUGUCGCAGCGGUGAUCCUCCUGGUGAUCCUGGUGCUUGGGGUGUUGGUGGCACGGCGCAAAAGAGAGCACAGCACCCUCUGGUUUCCUGAAGGCUUCAGCCUGAAGAAAGAGACUAGUAAUAAGAACCGGCGUGAGCCUGUGGGUCAGGAUGCCCUAGGCAUGAAGAAUAUUGGCAAAGGGGAGAGCCUAAUACCAGACAGCUCAGAAGACUGGCUGGAAGCAGAAUGCCCAGAAGCCAAGCGACUAAAGGUGGAGGAGCCAGCCAUGGAUUGUGAAGAUCCAGUAGACUGCCGCCAGUGGACACAGCACCACUUGGUGGCAGCUGACAUCCGAAUGCCACCAUCUAUGGCUCUGACGCCACCCCAGGGUGAAUUUGAUACUGACUGCAUGGAUGUCAAUGUCCGUGGGCCAGAUGGUUUCACCCCACUUAUGUUGGCCUCCUUUUGUGGUGGUACGGAGACUGACCUGGCUGAGGAAGAGGAAACUGAUGACUCCUCUGCCAACAUCAUUUCGGACCUAAUCUGCCAGGGGGCUAACCUGAGUGCCCAAACAGACCGCACGGGUGAGACUGCGCUACACUUGGCUGCAAGAUAUGCACGGGCAGAUGCUGCCAAACGUUUGCUGGAUGCUGGUGCCGAUACCAAUGCGCAGGAUAACACAGGGCGUACACCACUUCAUGCUGCUGUGACUGCAGAUGCCCAGGGGGUCUUCCAGAUUCUGAUCAGGAAUCGAUCUACAGACUUAGAUGCCCGAAUGGGGGAUGGUUCGACUGCGCUGAUCUUGGCUGCCAGAUUAGCUGUAGAGGGCAUGGUGGAAGAACUGAUCACUUGCCACGCUGAUGUCAACGCUGUGGACGAGCUGGGUAAAUCAGCUCUGCACUGGGCAGCAGCUGUCAACAAUGUAGAGGCCACCAUUGCACUGCUGAAGAAUGGGGCUAACAAGGACAUGCAGGACGGCAAAGAGGAGACACCACUGUUCCUGGCAGCCCGGGAAGGCAGCUACGAGGCAGCCAAAAUCCUGCUGGAUCACUUUGCCAACCGUGAGAUCACAGACCACAUGGAUCGGCUGCCACGUGAUGUGGCUCAAGAGCGCCUGCAUCACGACAUUGUCCGGCUUCUAGACGACUACAACACUGUGCGCAGCCCACAGGGGGCCCUGCCUUCUGGCCACACCCUUUCCCCUCUCAUGUGUCCUCCCAAUAGUUUCCUACCCAGCCUCAAGCCCACUCCCCAGGGCAAGAAGAACAGACGACCUAGUGCCAAGAAUGCAGCAGCGGGCAGCAGUGCCAGCCUGGCCCGGGAGAGCAAAGAGGCCAAGGCACGUGCCAAGAAGCUCAACCUGGAGUGCCAAGGCUCUCUCCUGGAGAGCUCUGUCACCCUGUCUCCUGUUGACUCGCUGGACUCCCCAUAUGUGCCCAACCCUGCCUCGCCUGGGGUCUUCCACACAGCCAGUGCCUCACUGUCAGUGCCCUCCACUCCUAUGGUCCAUGGCAUGAUGGAGGCCCCCUUUGCUGUCAGUUUGGCACGCCUCAGUGACCUAGGAGAUGGCACCCUCCUCUCUAUGAACCGCCUCUCAGUGCCACCUGGCCGCAUGGGGCUCAGUCUGGGCAUGGUGAGCCCAGUGGCCAUGCCUUUUGAUUGGCAUGCCCGUAUUCCCACUUCCCAGUGCCAGCCAAUCAUUGGGGUUGUGCACCCUGCUGCCUCCCAUCCCAACCUGCACCAGCCAGGCCAAGCUUUCCCACCAGGGCUGCUUCUGCCCAACCACAUGGCCAUGGGGCACAGUUCCCAAGGAUUGCCCAACCCAGCUCCUGCACCACCCAAGGAGCCAACCCAACCCAUGCCCCCACCGGCAACCACCAUGCGUGCCAACCAGCCUGUCUCGCCCCAGGAGGGCCAGGGGGCACCACGUGCAGGGCCCCCACAGUACUUAAAGCCUGCCGGGGUUGAGGAUUACCCAACACCACCCUCCCAACACAGUUACACCCAAGGGCAGGAUACGACACCCAAGCACUUCCUCCACCCGCCUAGUGAGCACCCCUAUCUGACUCCUUCACCGGAGUCCCCAGAGCAGUGGAGCAGCCCCUCACCCCAUUCUUUAUCUGAUUGGUCCGAAUCCACCCCCAGCCCUUCUGUGCUGGGGCCCAGCCACACCCAGAUUCCUUCGGCUGAGCCAUCUGCAAAGAUGCAGGUGUUUGCGUGAGGAGCUGGCUGGUGGGACGGAUCCCAGAGGCCUCUGGCCCCCAUUGGGGCCUGUGCCUGCCUCAGGGAUCCUGUUGUUGUUGUUGUUGUUGUUUCUCCCUCAUUGUGUUUUUAUAAGAAAAAACUUAAGUGUAAAAAGAUUAUUUUUUAAAAAAGAAAUGCCUGAUCUGGGAGGGGAAAGGCAUGGCCUCCAUCUUCCCUCACUGCCACGAAGCCCAGGCUGGCCCUCUACCCCCUCCCCUGUUGUCAUGGUUUCUGGGGAGGCUUUUAAAAAAAUAAACAAACCAACCCUUUUUGUAUAAACCCUGCAUUUUACUGCUAAUGCUCUCCCCCCCCCCCGGCUUUUUUUUUGGGGGGGGGCAAUGUAUUCAGUGUCAGUGCCACUUUUCUCCCUGUGGGUCUUGAGCUAUGCGGAAUGAGAGGAAACUACAGCCCUUGCUCCCCCUCUGUAUGGCAUUGUCUCAUGGGUCGAGCAACCACCUCCCUUCCCAACCAUGUUGGGGCGGGAUUCUGCUCACUGUAUUUGUGUACUGGGUACGCAGCGUUUAGCCCAGACUGGCAUUGCCAUGCAGAGGGCUCAGUCCCAAACCCACUUCUGUCGUGCAGGGAAAUAAGCCCCAUAGCCUCCAAGCCCUGCCCUCAGCUUGGCACUUCAACACAUUCCAGGUUAAUUUAUUCAUCUUAAAUUCUGCAGCAUUACCCCACCCCUGUCCCCCUUGAACUCCUGAAUUGCUUUAGCUCAUGCUAGCUAUGGUCAUGGGGAUUUUCCAGUCUCCAGGGUAUUCUGAGCCACACUUGUGUUUUUAUGCUGGCCCCCCGCCACCGAAAUCCCCUCCCUCUUUUGUUUUGAGGCUGUCUUUUGGCCUGUGUUAGCAGCUACAUUUCCUUGAGGGCAAGUUCCUUGCUCCAUGGUACUAUGGGAUCUUGGGGCAGCCACGGACACCAAGUGUUUCACAUUGGCAUAAAAGGUACUGAGAUAAUACAAAAUAUUCUCCCUGUUUCUCCUUAAGACUGCUGGCUUAGCAGUCAACUACCUACUUUCCUAACUCCCUUUUGCCCCCACCCCUGUACAUUCCAGCUAUUCCUGGCUGUAAAUACUGCUGGUGGGAGCAGUGGCCAGGCAGAACCUCAGUCUAGUGGGGACUGCUCCUUCCUGCUCCCUGCUCCCUCCUCUCUUCCCAUGCUGUGUAGCGUAGUGGGGGAAUGGCUCUGUGCCAGUCACCCCUCUGCCAUAGAAGGACCAUUUCUAGGCCAUUUUAAAACUCCUUAAAAAAAAAAAAAUCCAGUGUAAACCAAGUAGCUUUAAAGCAGCUGGGUGCUUUGUGUACAGAGCGGCUUUAGCCGCGGCAUAAUAAACAUAGCUAAUAAGGAAA